AUGUUCUCCAAGGUCUUCGUCGUUUCUCUCUUCGCCCUCCUCGUUGCUGCCGUCUAUGCCAGCCCACAACCAACACCAGCGCCUGUUGAACUUGACGAGCGACAGGUCGAUGGCAUUAUCUCCUCUAUCACCGCUGGAGCUGGCUCAGUGAUCAGCCAAAUUACUGCUGGAGCUGGCAGCGUUGGCGGCGACGUCACCAGCUUGGCUGCCGGUGUCUUCCAGACGGUGACAUCUGCUGGUGGCCAAGUCUUCACCAUUAUUACCAGCGAAGGAGGAGAUGCCAUUACCCUCGCCGCGUCGGGAGCUGGUGUCGCUACUUCCACGUUUGGCGCCGUAUUCACCAUUGUAACUGGUGCAGUCGGUUCUGCAGUCAACAGUGCCACUACCAAUGCAGGUUGGACGCCCAUGAUGCAAGUGUCAACACCUCUCGUCGUCGGCCUUGCCACCGUCAUCAUCAGCACACUUGUUGGCGCAAUCAUCACCUUUUAG